GUUGAACACCUCACACAAUGCAGCAGACUGAAGGAGAGGCUCAACGACAGCACACGUCACACAAUAGGGGCUCACUCUGCUAUUAAAUGUGAGAAGCGUGCGCUAGCCUUUCCCCUCUCUCCAUCCCUCCCUCUCACACACAGUCAUCAGAGAGUAUGAGAAGGCUGGACUGACUGGACGGACUAUACACAGGACUUGGUUACUGCAGUAGGAGUACACACUUCUACUACCUGAUACCUCUGUCUGCACGCUAAAGCACUUAACAGGAGAGCAGCACCAUGACCAGAAAGGUGUUCACCAACACACGGGAGCGCUGGCGGCAGCACAACGUCAACACUGCCUUCGCUGAGCUCCGCAAGCUCAUCCCCACCCACCCGCCAGAGAAGAAGCUGAGCAAGAACGAGAUCCUGCGGCUGGCCAUGCGCUACAUCAACUUCCUGGUGCAGCUGCUCGAGAGCCAGAGUGGCCAGCCUGCCUCACACUCCCCCACAGCCCUGCUCACCUUCCUCAGGGGCAACGUGGAACGUCUCCACUCCUCCUCACUGACCUGGGGCCUGGCCAGCGACACUGACGCCCUCUCCCCUGGAUCAAGCUGUGACAGCACCGAUGCCUGGUAGUGUGCCUGCUGCAGUUUCCUCUGAUGGGUGAUCAUCUACAACUCCCUGGGUGAAACUGUCUGUCACAAGGCCCCCAUUCAUAGACUCCAUUUUGGUUCUGUGACACUUGAGGAGUACAGUGUUGGUUGUGAUGGCAAGCAGAAGAUAUUUGUGGAUGAUGCCCUGCCUGCUGAAUUAAAUAGAUUGAGAUGGAUUUAUUUAGCUACACUCUUGAUGUUGACAUUAUGACAGGGGAGGAUGGGAGCCAUGUGAAAUGUAAUCUGUAAUCUUCCCCCCUUCAUGUCAGACAUGUAUUUUCAUUUUGUCGGUGGGGAAAGAUGUCCACAUCAAACAUUAAAAAAAAAAAAAAAAGAAAUAAGGAUGCAUUAAGGCCA